GCCUCUCUGGGCAGCUCCCUCUUCACGCUUCACACACAGGCUUCGUCGCUUCUCUCUCCUGCUUUCUUGUCGUCUGUCAACAGAUUUCUUUUAGUUGGCCUACCAUUCAGGUUUAUUUGCAGACAGCUUAAAAUGAGUACCGCACAACCUAUAUUUUCCAAGGGAGAGAACUGCAAGCCAGUAUGGACCGACGCGAGCGCUCAAUACAACGAAGCGGACACACACCUCGAGAUUAUGGGCAAACCGGUGAUGGAGCGCUGGGAGACACCAUACAUGCACGAGCUUGCUACUGUAGCAGCUUCCAAAGGGGGUCGAGUUCUUGAGAUAGGCUUUGGCAUGGCUAUUGCUGCCACCAAGAUAGAGUCCUUUCCCAUUGAGGAGCAUUGGAUAAUCGAAUGCAAUGAUGGGGUUUUCCAGAGGUUGCAGGAAUGGGCCAAGAUACAGCCACACAAAAUUGUUCCUCUGAAAGGCCUAUGGGAAGAGGUUGUGCCCACCCUACCUGAUGGACACUUUGAUGGCAUUCUCUAUGAUACUUAUCCUUUGUCUGAGGACACUUGGCACACACACCAGUUCAACUUCAUCAAAGCCCAUGCCCACAGGCUGCUGAAACCUGGUGGUGUUUUGACCUAUUGCAACCUGACAUCCUGGGGCGAGCUUCUUAAGACUAAAUAUAAUAACAUCGAAACCAUGUUCCAGGAGACUCAGGUACCUCAUCUAGUUGAGGCAGGCUUCAAGAAGGAGAAGAUGAGCGCCACUUUGUUGGAUAUCAUUCCCCCUUCUGAGUGUAAAUACUAUGCCUUUCACAAGAUGAUCACACCUACAAUCCUCAAGGAAUGAGGAUAAAGACACCAGCUGCUGCCAUACAUUUAUAACCUUCCAUCUCAUCCCCCAUUUCUAAACUGUUAUACCCACACCUCCUCUUCUCUUGUUUCCUAUGAUUGAUAAGUGCCUAUUCCGUGAUAAUCUGUAUUGAUUUAUUCCUGUUUAGAUUCUCACCUCCCCCCCUCAAUGUCUCCCCUAACAAUAGUAGUAGAGGUAUCUUGUUUUUCUCAUCAGUCUGGUUGUUAAAGUGAUAUUUCUUCUUGAUCAUUUUUCUUACCUUUGCUGUAACCUACUGGGAACUCAGAUGGCAUUCCUCACUUGGUGCAUAGUACCCCUUAUGGAUGUUGACAGUAUAAAAUUUU